UGGUUCGACGAAGAGGAGGAGGGCGAGGAGGAGGAUCUGCUGCAGCUGGAGUACCAUCCGUCGUACGUCAGCAACCCGCAGAAGCGGCGCCGGCGCUGGGAGAACCGGUGGGAUGCGCUCAUGCAAGCGUUCCAAGCCGUCGAUCGGGAGACGGAUGCGACGCUUGUGUUGCUCGCUGCGCCCUCUCACUCGACGAAGCUGCAUGCGCUCACGUCGCGCUCUAUCCGGCGCGACCCUGCGCUGGCCAACUCGCCCAAGCUGUCCGCGAUCAAGAGCUCAUUCAACUCUCUGGCCACGCAGCGGCGCACCACGCGGGCACACCGCGUCUCGCUGGUGCAGCGCCUGCAGCUGUCCUCGGCGUCGUCCGCGGCAGGGUCCCCGGGAGGCGAGGCGCGCGAGGAGGACCUGCGGCGCGCGCUGGAAGCCGCGCUGGGGAGUCUCGGGGAGAUGGGCAAGAUCUACGAGCAGCGCGAGGUGCGGUGGCGCGACGAGAUGCGGCAGCUGACGGAGGAUCGGGAUCGCGUCGAGAUGCUGUUGCGGCAGACGCUGGGACCGGUGCUGCAUGAGAACGGGCAUGGCAGGUCAUGA